GCUGUCGUUGAUUUGUUGGUAGGCACUACCACUGCCUCAAUGGAAAUUAUUACCUUACAAGUAGGGCAUUAUGCUAACUUCAUCGGCACCCACUGGUAUAAUCUUCAGGAGGCUUCAUUUUUGUAUGAACCAAACCCAGAAAAACAACGAGAAAAGAUUUUGAACCAUGAUGUUCUAUUUAGGGAAGGUGUCACACUCACGGGUCAACAAACUUACACUCCACGCCUUAUAGCAUUUGACUUGAAAGGGAGCCUGAACACUUUAAGGCAAGAAGGAGUUCUGUAUGAUGUCCCAAGCAGGGAUGAAAUCCAGUGGGGUGGAGAUGUCACACUACAUCAGUCUACACAAUCAACAAAAAACCGGUUUCUGGAAGAGCUGGACAAGAUUGAUACUGACUAUUUGGAACAUACUGGUGUAAAAAAGUUUCGCAUAGAAAAGCAAGAUGAGAAAGAAGAAGAUAUGGAUGUGGAUAGCAUCCAUGAAGGAGAGGACAAUGUUGAUCGUGGACAGGUGCUAGGUCCUAGCCUGUACAAUCUUGAUAGCUGUGUCAAAGUAUGGUCAGACUACAUGCGAGUCCACUUGCACCCAAAAUCAGUGUACACGUUACAGCAGUAUGAUUACAAUAGUGACAUGCAGCGAUUCGACAUUUUUGGCCUGGGUCAGCAGGUUUACCAAGAGAAAAAAACCCAUGAUGACAUUGAGGACAGGCUGCAUUUCUUUGCGGAGGAAUGCGAUAAUCUACAUGGCUUUCAAAUACUGGUUGAUUACUACAAUGGAUUUGGAGGCCUGGGUUCAGAGAUGACUGAGAUGAUACAAGAUGAAUACUCAAAGUGCGUGCUGAGCUUUCCAGUUAGUCCCACCACUUUUGACACACCUCGAACGAUCUACUAUGACACGUGUCGUACGGUCAACUCGAUCCUGAGCUUGGUGAAGCUGGCCAGUCACAGUUCGCUCACAGUUCCGCUCUCUCUGAUGUCCGACCUGGUAAAACCUACGGCAGCGCCUCUCUCAUUGCCCCACAUUAAUUACAAGGCAGAACUGCCGUAUCACAGUAGUGCUGUGCUAGCUGCUGCACUAGACACUGUGUCAUUACUGUACAGAGUUGACAAAGACCCUGUUCCCAUAGGUCAGAUCUGUGACACACUUAAUGCCCGUGGAAGAAAGCUGGCAGCACUAGGUAUAGCACUACCAUUCCCCAUGAGAGACAAUGCAAGCCUUCUUAAAACACUAACUGGCUUGGGCCGAAAUCUGCCAUGGACAAUGCUCACACCGCAGUGUACCUCCUCCCACGGCCCGGCACAGAUGACGACGCUUCGAGGCGUCCCACCACAAGAUGGCGGCACUGGUAGUGCUAUGCUGAGAUCGUACCUCGAGGAUGUGUGCCCUCGACAGCUGAGUGGUGGCAUGGUGGUAAGUGAACCAUGCAAAGUUUCAUCGCCUUUUCCCCACAUAUUUCGACCAGACAUCUCCUGUGCAGGUCUUCUCUCGGAUCGUGAAAGGCCAAUGAUGCAGGGUGUGAGCAGUGUCCCUGCAAUGUCAUGCCUCAGCUCUGCAUCGGAUAUAAGCAACAUGCUAUCAAGUUUGCACGGUGCUGCCAAACGCUACAACAUCCACAAGUUUCACAAAUUUGUCGAAGCUGGCUUGGAUGUGGACGAUUUUAAAGAGACCAUGGACUGUCUAGAAACACUGAUUACGUGUUAUGAUGACAAUUGAUACUAUUGUGUAUCUGUGAUUUCUGUUAUUCUCUUGUGGGAACUCUUAUUCUUCUGUGGGAACAGUUUGUUCUUUUUGAAAAUCUAAAUUUAAAGCAGUUUUCCCACCCCAUUUUUGAAAUGGUGAAAAUACACAAUCUUUACCUACGCCCAACGGAGUUGGAGGAGGUUAUGUUUUCGCUCUCGUGUGUUCGCGUUAGACUGGUACUCGCUCCCACCUCGA